CUGGCCCUUCUCUGCAGCUGAUAGGGAGAGUGAGUCGUUAUCGAGCUGCUCUCUUAGCCGCUGAAAAGGAAAAACACAUGAGGAUUUUUUUCCCCUUCUUCUUUCGGCACUAGAGGAAUUUUGUCCAUCUUCCUCGUUUUUGUUUUUUCAUUCCCACUGGAUUACAGUUCUGGCUUUGUGUAGGAACGAGAAAAAGGGGUCCAAAAUGCCUGAAGCCAAUUACCUGCUGUCGGUGUCUUGGGGUUACAUUAAGUUCAAGAGAAUGUUGAAUCGGGAGUUGACGCACCUAUCGGAGAUGAGUCGGUCUGGAAAUCAGGUUUCAGAAUUCAUCUCCAACACCUUCCUAGACAAGCAGAACGAUGUGGAGAUCCCGUCGCCGAUGUCCAAGACGCGAGAGAAGAAGAAGCAGCAGCUGAUGACACAGAUCAGCGGGGUCAAGAAGAUCUCCCACGGGCCCUCGCUCUCCAGCAGCAGCGUCUCGCGCUUCGGCGUCAAGACCGACAAGGAGGAGCUGCUGUCCAAGGAGUUGGAGGACCUCAACAAGUGGGGCCUGAACAUCUUCACCGUCUCCGAGUACUCGCACAACCGGCCUCUCACCUGCAUCAUGUACGCCAUCUUCCAGGUACGAACGACAUCAAGGAAAUCUGCUGCU